CAUGGCCCUCGUGAAGGAAAAUGCGGACCUGAAGGAGCGGGUGGAAAAACUAGAACUCGGACUCAUCCAGCUCUCUGGAGAGAGAGACAUGAUAAGAAAGUCCAUCAAACCAAAUGACCGUCAGACAGCAGUGGCCAAGACCCAGCACCAGAAGAAGAACGAUGUUAGCAUGCUGUCCGAGGCCGAGGAGGGGAUGAAGGUGAAGCUGCUGGAGCUGCAGGGGCCAGUCAUGCAGCUUAUGAUCAACCACGAGGUCCAGUGCCCUGCUAUUGAGUGCACUCCAGGGGCCCCAGCCCCCCAGGAGCUUGGUGCUGCUGACAAGGAUGAAUUUUAUGAGAUGAGCCUGGACAACGACAGUGACAGCCUGGAGCCUGCAGGAGGGAGGGUACACCACAACCCCAGUGCACAGCAGAUGGUGCAUGGCUUUGUGAGCUGCGGGAUGGCCAGCAACACCGACCCUUGGGCAGCAGUCCCUCUAUGCAAUGAUUUUACGGGGCUGCGGCGAAGGAGGAGGUAAACAUCACCAUCAGCUAAGAGCUGGCCAAGAAAUUUACAAAGGAACUAAGUUAUAGGAUUAGUCUUCUACAUGUUUAUUUU